AUGAAAGAAAUAUUCUACACGAAGUUAGAUGCCUAUCUGAGUGCGUUAAGUGUGAAACGACGAUCAAAGUAUUUGACAACAGCUGAAACGUACGACAAAGUGUUGAAAGUGCUAACAAAUGAAAAGAAAUACGAUCCAUCAUUUAAUUUUUGGGCAAAAAGGCCGUUUACUGUUGUUACAUUUGGUGGUCAACGAACAAUUUACUGUAAAAAAGAAAAAUUACCUAUUGUCAUCUAUGAAAAUCUGUUUCAAACAAUUGAUAAAUGUCAUAAUGCUGUUGGUCAUCUAGGUAGAAAUAUUGUUGGUUUAAAAGUUUCAGAUGUUGAUCGUAAAAAUACUUCCUCCACAAUUUUGCCUUGUAAAAUAGUUGAUAAAUAUUCCAAAAAUGCAAAACUUAUGCACAUAAUUGCUACACAAAAUGGUAUUAUAAAAGAACAUUUUGACUCAACAGCAUUUUUAGAUCUUACUAAUGCGAAUUUUGCAUCAUUACGUUCUAUUAAUACCAAUGAAUUACCAUCCAUUACUUUUAUUCAAGCAAGUCAAAUUUACACAAAUUUUAAAUUAACAGAAACAUGUAAAUGCUCUAGUGGUUGCAAUACUAAUCGAUGUUGUUGCAAGAAUAAUAAUAGAAAAUGCUGUACCAAAUGCCACAUUCAUAGGAAAUCAAAAUGUAAAAAUUGUUAG